CAUGUCUCUUUAAUCUAAAUUUGACUUCAAAUGUACAAAAAACCCUUAUCUUCCAUUGGAUAUAUUUAAACAUUAUGGCGACGUGGAUAUUCAAAUAUUUCCUGUCCCUUGGCACGAGCUCACUGUGUAAUGGCGAUGAAGACGGUUCUUUUUCUGGUGCUCGUGGUUCGGUCUGCGUUCAGCUUCCUGCCGACCCAGGAGAGUACAAAACACGGAGACUUCAGCCACCAGAGUAUCACUGAACGCGCCCUGUAUCAAUCCGCCGCGACCUUUAUAUGGAAGUAUGUUGAUGCUGGAACCAAGCACACCUCCAGAAGCGCUGUUAACGCUACCAUUGAAUUCUUUAGAGGUGAUAGAUCUUCAGAAGCCGUGUUUGGGACGGUGGUGGAAACCAUAGUAUGGGGAAACAACAAGGCCCAGGAAAUGUACGCCAACAUUCCCAUGAGAACCAUGAACGCGGAACUCAUUUUUGCAGGUAACCUUCUUCUUCAGUCGAUGAGGGAACAGAUUGUUGUCCUUUCCCAGUCCCCCACACCAGACUGGAACAACGUCCGGAAGUUAAUAGGGGAGUACUUGUUUACGCUACAGAUGUUUUACUCGAACACGAACUGGGUGGAGACACACGGAAACAUUACAUGCUCCGAACUUGGGAUUCGAGGACGAACUCCGAUGCCGACAGCGCCCCCUAACGUGGCGACAUGUGCAGGUUGCCCAUAUUCCCAUCCACUAAUCGACAAACACUCUUGUCAGAACAACAUACUGGUGAACGGUCAAUAUUUAACGAGUGGAUAUCUCAGUUCUCAAGGCAUCCCCAAACCUACCGGAAACAACACGGCAGGAAUAGGAAAGUGUAGCCAUGGAGGAAAGAACGAUGCUUUCUCCGCCGUGAAUCCUAUAGGAGGAAUCAACAAGGAGACGUCAGACUCCAAUCUGUCCCCCCACUUCUUCCUCCAUCACGCCGCGGGGGAGGCUGCAAUAGACGCGACUAUGAAGUUCUUUGUCGGAGAGGUCACUGGACUUCUUGAUCAAAUUGGACCCAGACUAUUUGGAGAACUGAUUGGACUACCAGUAGCUUGUAAAGACUGUCUGAAACCCGGAUUAACACUUGCAUACGUCAUCGAUACGUCACUGUCAAUGUCAACUGACUUUGAGGAAAUAAAAACCAAAGUAACAGAGACAAUCCAAUCAGCUCUCCUAGAAAACAAGACCACGCCUUCAGACUUCAUCUUGUCCACAUUUAGUGAUCCAGUGUCAUUAAACACCGUAAGAAACACGACGGACGGAUAUGAAAUGAUAACCUGGAUAAGGAAUCUUAAACAAGAUGGCGGAGGGGACUGUCCUGAAUACUCCUUCACUGGAUUAUUAGAAGCUUUAAAAAUAAUCAGACCGGGUUCAUGUCUGUUUUUCUACUCUGAUGCUGAUCCAAAAGAUUCACAACUGGAACACGUCAUUUUACAGAUAGCUGCCGAGAAGGAUAUACACAUAGCCUUCCUCGUGAAGGGCACCUGUAAUUCAGGGAUUCCGUUUUAUGAUCGUCUGGAGAACUCUACAAAGGCGACCUGUCUAAAGCAGAGUCUGGAUAAAGGAAGAAGAAAAAGGGAUACAGAUGACUUGGUUCUUUACCAACCCUGGAAGAAGCUUAGUUCAUUUAGAAAUUCUGGUCAGCAAAGAGACCAGAAUUCUUCCAUGCUCUAUACACUACUUCCGGCUACCGCUGGUUUGAUUGGCGUAGUCCUGGUUUUGGUUGUCAUCUUACAGAGAAGACGAACUUCCGGUGAAGAGAAGGAAAUAAGAAGAACACCAGAUGGCAGAAAUGAACAACUCUCGUAAAAUUCAAUUAUGUAAUUAGAUAUUCAUUGAGAAAAUGGAAGUAUGGUGCUUCUUUUUAUACUGUUAAACAGUGCUUUUAAUGUAAUAAAUCAUUUUGGUAAACAAAUAUUUUAACAGCUUGUUAAGGAAGUUUGAACAUAAUUUCGAUAUAAAUAACGAACUACACUAAUGCAAUACCAUAACGACACGCACUGAUAAUCUUUUGCGUUGAAUAUAUUUGUUUUGUUCUGUUAUUUUUGUGCGAAGAAAUUUAUUUUAUAUUGAUAUGUUUUGUCUCAAUGUUGUUUCUAUAACAUUUUUUACAAGAUAAAAACAUGCAAAGCAUAAAAUUAUGUUUAGUAAAAUAAGGUUUAUGAGAAUAAUUGACAAAUACAGUAUUCCAAAUUUCACGUAAGCAACCAUCGAUAAUUAUGCCUCUUUGGACUUAUUUCGAAUCCCUGUAUAUGACUGACUUAUUUGUAUAUGAUUAUGAAUACUUCAUGUAAUGCAAUUGAAUUAUACAUUUGUAAAGAUGAAUUGAAUUUACUGAAUUCUAUUCAGACAGAGAAAUGUCUGAUAAGUAAUAUUAUCUGUCACUUUGUAAAUAUUUUGAGAACUGAGCUCUAUAGACGAAUGUUUUAUCUUGUUAAGAUAUUCAUGUUCUUUUAUUCUGCUUUUGCGCAUGUUCCAAGUUAAAUGUAUUGUAUGA